GCUUAGCGUAACCUGGAACUGAACUCCAUGGCGUGAUGCACUGUGGGUAACAUCAGCAGACGAAACAUGGCGGCUCUACAAACUUUGGCGAGGCGGUGCUCAACAUCGAUGUUGAAGCGCCAUUUCAGCGUGUCAUCACCAGUGGCCGCUCAGAUGACAGUACGAGAUGCCCUGAACACUGCCAUUAAUGAAGAGAUGAAGAGGGAUGAGUCAGUCUUCCUCCUAGGAGAGGAGGUGGCAGAGUACGACGGAGCUUACAAGGUCAGCCGAGGCCUGUGGAGAAAGUAUGGAGACAGGAGAGUAAUGGACACCCCAAUCACAGAGAUGGGUUUUGCAGGGAUAGCAGUUGGAGCAGCCAUGGCCGGCCUGAAGCCCAUCUGUGAAUUCAUGACCUUUAAUUUCUCCAUGCAAGCCAUCGAUCAGGUCGUUAACUCAGCGGCAAAGACCUUCUACAUGUCAGCAGGAAAGCAAACUGUACCGAUCGUGUUCCGAGGCCCUAACGGCGCGGCAGCCGGGGUGGCGGCACAGCAUUCGCAGUGCUUCGCUGCCUGGUACGGCCACUGUCCCGGUCUGAAGGUGGUUUCACCGUACUCGUCAGAGGACGCUAAGGGACUGCUCAAGUCUGCCAUCAGGGACCCCAACCCCGUUGUGUGCCUGGAGAAUGAGCUGAUGUAUGGGACUGCAUUUGAGAUGUCAGAGGAAGCCAUGUCGGAGGACUUUUUAGUGCCCAUCGGCAAGGCAAAGAUUGAGAGGGAAGGCACCCACUGUACCCUGGUGUCCCACUCCAAAAGUGUGGGGUUAUGUCUGGAGGCAGCUCAGAUCCUGGAGAAGGAAAACAUCUUCUGUGAGGUGAUCAACUUGCGCACAAUCAGACCCAUGGACGAGGAAACCCUCAUCAACUCAGUCAAGAAGACAAACCACCUGGUGACGGUGGAGGGAGGCUGGCCACAGUUUGGUGUUGGGGCCGAGAUCGUGGCAAAGAUCAUGGAAAGUGAUGCGUUUGACUACUUGGACGCGCCGGUGUACCGUGUAACAGGAGCAGACGUCCCCAUGCCGUACGCCGCCACCUUGGAACGAGCCAGUCUUCCCGGUCCCCAAGACGUCGUCACAGUCGUCAAGAAGUCUCUCCACAUCCAGUGACACACCCUGAACCUUAGGUCCUAAAAUACCACGUCUUGUACCGCAUUACAUGGAGGGGGAGGGGGGCACAUUACUUGUUUAAAUUAUCCCAUCCAUGUCCUUUAAUGAUGAUCCUACUCAGCGAUGCUCCCAAACAUUGUGUUGUUUUAAUGGACGCCGUAUUUAUAUCUAGAGCAUGAUUUGUACAAAUUCCUCUGACAACAGCUGGUAAAAUUAAAAUAUUUUUAAACACGAGACACAAAAGAUUUCAGGAUGUCCAAUGACUCAGGUGGUAUCUUGAAUACAGGCUACAUUAGCAAUUAUGUGGGGUCAUGGGCUGAUCCGUAUUUGUUUUUGAGUCUUCUUUAAAUGAAAAAAA